AUGGCCAUUUUUACCCUGCCCCGGUCUAUUCAGAACAAUGCCUUUCAAAAUCCCGUUGGGAACCUGAUCGCGGCAGGCGCUAACGCGCAUGCCAACCACCCUUCCUUUGGGCACCUCGUACUGCUCGUCUUCGAGGCCGUACUGGAAGUGGUGUGCGUGAGCUUGCCCGGUUACAUUGCUGCCCAACAGGGCAUGUUCGAUGCCGAUGCUCAGAAGCUUGUCGCAAACCUCAACGUGACUUUGUUCACCCCUUGUCUGAUUUUCAUCAAACUAGGCUCCCAAUUAACUGCAGAGACCUUGUCCGAUCUGGCGAUUAUCCCGUUCAUCUUUGUGGUUCAGACGACCGUCUCGUACUUGUGCGCAUUCACCAUUUCGCGAUGUUGUCGCUUCAAGAAACGCCAGUCCAAUUUUGUGGCGGCGAUGGCGGUCUUUGGAAACUCCAAUUCUCUCCCGAUCUCUCUCGUCAUGUCCCUGUCGCAAACCCUUAAAGGUCUGCACUGGGAUCGUGUCCCGAAUGACAAUGACGACGAAGUAGCCGCCCGUGGCAUCCUAUACCUACUUAUCUUUCAGCAGCUGGGACAAUUGGUUCGCUGGAGCUGGGGUUACCAUGUCUUGUUGGCACCGAAAGAACGUUAUCUUGAGGAUAUGGAGAGCGACGAUUUAGGAAGCCAGUCACGUAUUGAGCAAGGUCAGGCGCGUUACACCGAUAACCCGGAGCAGACGGACCCGGACGAGCCCCUACUGCGCACCCGUCAUUCGGAGGAUUUAAGCCGUCCUGUCGAUGUCCACGCACAUGGCGAGUUCCAGUCCGGCGACCAGACGCCGGUCUCCACGUGUGAAUACACCUAUACGAAAACGUCCUCCGUCGGUUCUCGUGAGGGAACAGUCGUGGGAAGUCAUAUCUCCGAUGAGCCAUCAACUAUUGGACCCCCGCCCAGCGGACCCUUCCUGCCCCGCCAGAGCUCUCGAGGUGAUAUACUUUCAUUCCCAGAUGUGGAGGCUACCGCACGGGAAGCGCAAGCCGCGGACCAAACUUACAUGCAGCGCUGGAAAGCAUCUAUCCGCCAAAGAAGAGAUCGCAUGUACGAGUCCUGGGAGAAGAAGUCGGGUUCUCUGUACGGGUGCCUCCCUUCGAAAGCUCAAAAGACGCUCUCGGCGAUUACACGUGGAAUCGGUCGAUUCAUGCGUGGUGCAUGGGCUUUCAUGAACCCACCUCUAUGGGCCAUGCUUGUUGCCAUCGUUGUGGCCUCCGUUCCAUCCCUCCAAAGCCUCUUCUUUGACGAGGGCACCUUCGUGCGCAACUCCGUCACUCGCGCCGUCGAACAGAACGCACAAGUCGCUGUCCCAUUGAUCCUGGUCGUGCUGGGUGCCAAUUUAGCCCGCAAUACCCUCUCCGAAGAGGCAUUGGCGGAUAUGGAACACCCGAGCGACGAGCGCAAGCUGAUUAUUGCGUCUUUGGUUGCACAUGAUCCUAUCUUUAUCAUUGUCUGCUUCCUACUCACCGGUGCGCCUUCGGCACUGCAACUGGCGCAGAUUUGUCAGAUCAACAAUGUCUAUGUUGGAGCUAUGUCCAAACUUCUCUUCCAGAGUUACGUGGUUUGGAUUCUUCCGUCCACCCUCUUCCUCGUCAUCUGCGCGCUUGAGGUUCUCGAGUGGGCAUCCGCCUAG